AGCAUUAUCGGGUCGCUUUUUAAAAUAAUGUUUUGCUCAAUGGUUCAAUUUAUGACCAAAUUACUGCUAAACUAAUGACAUUCCUAGGAUAUAGUAAUGAGCAAAAGGUAAACUAAGAUUGCUUUUAGCUUCUAAGUUCUGUUCCUAAGUACAGCCUAAAAGCCUAACCCAAAUGGGUUAUUGUUUGGUAGAGGCUCAGUUAAGACAAAUAUUUUAAACAAAUAAAAGUGUAGACUUCAGCGGGUAUGACAUACACAUACAUCCUUACAAAGAUCGAGUUAUACCAUAGGAUUUUUUUGUAUCGUUUGCAUCUUUCCAUCAAGCCCACUUCCAGCAUUCACCUUUAUCACUCCUGUGACGAAGGAGGUGUGAACGAGUGAAAGCAUUCCUAUUAGACGGAUAAUUGGCAUUUCACCUGAUCAAAAAAACGUUUUUUUGUGGAUAAAGGAAAUAUUCACACUUGCAUCAAGCUUUUCAUCAAUUGUUAAGAAGUGUUUAUCUGGGUGUAAUAGACCAAAUGACAUUCAUACAAUAUCAUCAGUGGGAUUCAGUACUUCUUCAAAUGUUUGAAUUACCAAGUAUUUUACUUUAUUACUUUUCACUUUUCAACAAUAAUCUGAGAAAAAAAACAUUUUGUGUCUUUGUCUCUUGGUUCUCAAAGCACUCUCUAAAUACCGUAACCCGUUAGAGCUCUUUGUGCUGCUGACGUCGGCUGAUGAAAGCGAGUGAUCUGUGGACAACAAAACUCUAGUUGAACUUUACUUCUCUCCACACUCCUUGUAACCAAGUUAUUUCUGUUCUGAGGGAUUUUAUACAUGAGGGUGAGAAAUCAUAUUGUGAUUCUAGUACCUCUCACCACGUGGCUUGACUCUACAGUAGAACCAAUUGAAUUUGCAAUGGAGGGGGCACUGAAUAUGUGUUCACUGUUUCCAAAAUAGGAUAUUCAGUGUCACUUCUUGUUAGCCAAUCAAACGCAGUCCUCUCUCUAAGAGUAGAGAACGUAUGGAGGUUCUCCACAUUCAUGAAGACAUUUUGAUCACGAUGACAUCUCUGAACUUUGUUUUGUAUCUGACUUGUCUUUGCUUGUGGAGAAUAGCUCCGACAAUUACUGACAAAUUGUCUGUGUGUCAAGAGAGUGGUUUUGUAUCAGCUGAUGUUGGAGACAGCGUGACGUUACGGUGUUUCUAUGAAGACGACGUCUUAGCUAUGUUUUUCUGGUACAAGCAAACUCUGGGAAAGAAACCAAGGCUUGUCUCCAGCUUCUAUAAAUUUGCUACAAAUAGCAGUUUUAGUGAUGAAUUUAAAAACAAUCCACGCUUCACACUGGAAACUAAUAACAAGAACAAUCACUUGACAAUCUCAGAGUUGCGCAUCUCAGACUCUGCUACUUACUUCUGCAUGCAUUUCGAUAAAUACAAGUUUGAAUUUUGCGAGGGCACUACUGUUAAUGUAAAAGGUUCAGGUUUGAACAUCCCAGCUUUGGUCUACCAGUCACCAUCUGAGACCAUCCAGACAGGAGGCUCUGUGACUCUGAACUGUACAGUUCACACUGGGACCUGUGAUGGACAACACAGUGUUUACUGGUUGAAAGACUCUGAAGAAUCUCAUCCAGGACUCAUUUACACCGAUGGAGGCAGGAAUGAUCAGUGUGAGAGGAAACCCAACACACAAACACACACCUGUGUCUACAACCUGCCGAUAAAGAGCCUGAAUCCAUCUCAUGCUGGAACCGACUACUGUGCUGUUGCCUUGUGUGGACACAUACUGUUUGGAAAUCGGACCAACUUAGUGAAUGAGGUGGACUCUCCGGACUCUCUUGUGUAUGUCCUGACUGCAGCUUUGGCAUUCAACACCAUCCUGGUUGUUUUACUGGCUUUCUCAGUGUACAAGAUGAGGAAGAGAAGCAGCUGCCAGUGCACAGAGUCUCAAAGAGUUUCAGCUUUUACCGCAACAAAUGCAGAGAGUUACCAAGAUGCAGACAACCUCCAUUAUGCUGCUUUGAGGGACCACAGGGCCAACGGAUCAAGAAGACAGAGAGACAACACCAAGACUGAAUGUGUGUACUCCAGUGUAAGGCUGUAGAGCUGGACAUGAUUCAUUUCUAUAUAUAUUUUUCUAUAUAUAUUUCUUUGUAAAACGUCAUUUUGUUUACACCUGUUAACAUGUUGAGAUGUGAUGUAGAUAUUUUCAUAUACAUAUAAUGGAGGUAAAGCCUUGGAUUGCAGUAAUCUACUUCACCAACUGUGCAAUGACAGUUCAGCUGUGCUAGCAAACGUGCCAUAUUUCCACUGUUACUAUACCCGUUGUAUCGGUCUCUCAUGAGAUGAGCAAAACCUUAACCGUUGACCAUGUGUACAUAUGUUUGUAAAAGCAUCGCAGAUAUCAGCAACAUAUUUUUCUACAGUCCUCUGGUCUGAGAAGUACUGUAUGCCUUAAGGCCUUUAUACAAAAGGGGCAUAUAACAAAUAACAGACAUGAAGAUGAGAAAUUAUCUGCUGUGAAUAUUAUAUGACCAGGGCUUUUAUUGUGAAAGGUAAGAAUGGAGGGAGAGGAUCAAUGCUGCCGUUAUCAAAGAUGAAAGGAGAAAUACAGUUUGCCAUCUUGGUUCAGACUAUGGAACCUACAAAAUAUACUGAGGUGGAAAUUAUUCUCACAAAAAAAGCAGUUUUUAUAGUUUUUACUUGUUUACUUGUUUUUGCAUAUUGUAACAAACUCACUGAUGUAAGAAUCUUUGUAUAGCCUACCUUGUGGUUUGCAGUCAACAGAUGAGAUCUAUGUAUGCUUUGAGAAGGCCGGACAUAUGCAUAUUUAUGAACCUAUGCUCUUUGUUUUGGUGUCUGUGUGGUUUUAAGCAGAAUGUCUUCACAUUGUAACUUAGUUUUCUUUUCUAAAAUCCAUUGUU